ACUUUGUCGUUAGCGGAGGAGCGCUGAGGUUUGGCCCACCCCGGGGCCAAGUCUGGGCCAGUAGGCUGAUGGGACGCAGCAGCGGAAAGUAGCAGUGAGCUGUGGCGUCAUCCAGAGCAGCAUCUGGUAUCUUGCUGCCUCACCUGCCUCUCUCCGCGUUCUCCUCAGCCCGGCCAUGGAACGCCAGGUCCAACGGCUUCGCCAGGCGUUCCGGUCCGGCCGAUCCCGGCCGCUGCGCUUCCGAAUGCAGCAGCUCGAGGCCCUGCGGAGGAUGGUGCAGGAGCGCGAGAAGGACAUCUUAGCAGCCAUCGCGGCAGACCUGAGCAAAAGUGAACUCAAUGCAUACAGUCAUGAAGUCAUUACCAUCCUUGGGGAGAUUGAUUUUAUGCUGGCGAAUCUUCCUGAAUUAGCUUCUGCUCGACCGGCUAAGAAGAACCUGCUUACCAUGAUGGAUGAGGCCUAUGUCCAGCCAGAGCCUCUGGGAGUCGUACUGAUUAUUGGAGCUUGGAACUACCCUUUUGUUCUGACCAUGCAGCCGCUGGUGGGAGCCAUUGCUGCAGGAAAUGCUGCCAUUGUUAAGCCCUCGGAACUCAGUGAAAACACUGCCAAGCUCUUGGCUGAACUCCUCCCUCGGUAUUUAGACCAGGACCUGUACGUGAUUAUUAAUGGCGGUGUUGAGGAAACCACGGAGCUUCUGAGGCAGCGGUUUGAUCACAUUCUCUAUACAGGAAACACUGCAGUUGGAAAAAUUGUCAUGGAAGCUGCUGCCAAACAUCUGACCCCUGUGACCCUGGAACUCGGGGGGAAAAGCCCAUGUUACAUUGACAGAGACUGUGACCUGGACAUUGCUUGCAGACGCAUAACCUGGGGAAAGUACAUGAAUUGUGGUCAAACCUGUAUUGCUCCUGACUAUAUCCUAUGUGAAGCUUCCCUCCAGGAUCAAAUCGUACAGAAGAUUAAGGAUACAGUGAAGGACUUCUAUGGGGAAAAUAUAAAAGCGUCUCCUGACUAUGAAAGGAUCAUCAAUCUUCGUCACUUUAAGAGGAUACGAAGUUUGCUUGAAGGACAGAAAAUAGCUUUUGGAGGGGAGACUGAUGAGGCCACACGCUACAUAGCCCCAACCAUACUUACUGAUGUUGAUCCUAACUCCAAGGUGAUGCAAGAAGAAAUUUUUGGACCAAUUCUUCCAAUUGUGUCUGUGAAAAACGUAGACGAAGCCAUAAAUUUCAUAAAUGACCGUGAAAAGCCCUUGGCACUCUACAUAUUUUCUCAUAACAAUAAGCUCAUCAAACGGGUGAUUGAUGAGACGUCCAGUGGUGGAGUGACAGGCAAUGAUGUCAUCAUGCACUUCACUGUCAACUCUCUGCCCUUUGGAGGUGUGGGUGCCAGUGGAAUGGGGGCUUAUCAUGGAAAAUACAGUUUUGAUACCUUUUCUCAUCAGCGUCCCUGUUUGCUAAAAGGGUUAAAGGGAGAGAGUGUUAACAAGCUCAGGUACCCUCCCAACAGCGAGUCCAAGGUCAGCUGGGCUAAGUUCUUCCUGCUGAAGCAGUUCAACAAAGGAAGGCUGGGAAUGCUGUUACUUGUGUGCUUAGUCGCGGUUGCAGCUGUGAUCAUCAAGGAUCAACUGUAAAAAACUUCCUCAUAGCCUCUACUGAAGUAUCCCUCUACUAAAUGGUUAACAAACCAAUACUUUUAAAAUUGUACCCAAACCUGGAAAUUCACAGAUGUACUGCAAUCAAAUCUAAGUUGUUGCCACAAACGGCUAAAGAAACUCAGUGUUUGAGCCAAAUCUCAGCACUUGUCAGCAGUGCCGGUGCGGAGAGGAUGUAGACGGGGCUGGGGGAGAACACGCCACACUAGAUCCCAGUCCGUGGCCGGCCGUAUGUCAGGGAGACUCACUAACUCCUCCCUGACCUCUUUACUCCAGUCCAUAGCUCUGCCCACUCCAGUGUCAACACCACCCAGCUGUCCAGCUGUCCUCUGCUGUCUGGAUUGCUGAGGUCAGGUCUUCCCAGCUCCUGUUAGGGAUUGAGGUACUAAACCUGGGCAGGUCGGUGUGCUCACCUCGUCCACUGUGGCUUGAGACCGGCCUUCAGGAGUCGGCUCGCCAGUUAAACAUCUUUUAUUAUUCAUAGAGCAUCACCCAAAGUGUACGUGUUUGUGACAGUCUGUCGUGACUGUCCCAGUGCCUUCGUGAUGACCUAAACUACACUGAGCCUCUUGCCAAGAAGCAGUGCUUUCUUUGUGAAUGCCACUCAGAGCCUCUUGCAGUCACAGCUGUUCCAGAGCCUGAGGCCAGAAGAUUCCUGAGCCCAGGAGUUUAAGGCUAACCUAGGCAACAUGAUGGGAACCCUCCCCCAUUCUUCAUAAAAAUCCCCUCAAGAUCCUCAAGUUGAAUGUUCUAGAUCUUCAAGGAUAAAUCUGCUUCUUUUCAUAGCACAAUGUGAGGAAAUUUUACUUUUUAAAUCUUAGAGAGAUUACUACAGAUCUUAAAGCAUGGAGCCCGGUCCUGCGGUGAAGAGGGGGUUAUUAGACCCGGGGCUUCAGAACUCAGGGGACAGGGAUUGUUGGAGAAGAGUGUGAGCUGAUGGGACACACUGAAGGGAUAGGAUGGCCAGAAGUGCUCCCGAGCAAGCGGGUCUUGUCAGAUCCUAACGUGGCCAAAGGGGGAUGUGGCAAAGAGAUGCCUGUGAAACUCGGCUUCCUGCUGCCAGGGCCUGGCUGGGCCCGAAGCGCCAAGCUACAGAGCCCUCACUGCCUUCCCGGGAUCCAAAUUAAGACUGGGCCCACUCAGUAAGAAUGUAACUUGCUUAUUGAAUGUACAACCAUGUUUACUGAGUAAUCUGUUCCACUGUUGAAGCUGUCUAAAGUGUAUUGUAUGAGGUAUCAACAAAUCAUUUAGCAAAUAGUUGCUUAAGUAGUGAUUGUCUAUGGAGUAAUCAUAAAAUAUUCUGCACAAAAUUUCAAUGUUAAACUUGCACUUACUGUUGUUAUAUCGUACCUUCUAGUCAGGCCAGAAUAUUUACAUACUCUACUGAUCUCCAAAAUAAAUGUAUUUCAUAAAUUA